CUUGCCCGAGACCUUUGGUGGCGGGUGCUGGGGACCUCUUCCUCUGCCGAUGAGUUGGUCUUCUUCGAUUGGUGGCUCGGUUUGCGUGCUCGUGUCGACAGUAGCCUGCGGGGAGGUCUUGAUUCCCUUAUCCUCCUCAAGGCGUGGCGCAUUUGGCUGUCGCGAAAUGAUGUCAUCUUCAACGGACGCCGUGCCUCCCCCGACGCCCUUGUAGCUACAAUCCGGGAGGACGCCGAUGUUUGGUGCGCGGCCGGAGCUUCGAACUUGGCUGCCCUCUACGUCUGCCUGCGCACAUUCGGCUCAGUGAUCUAGCAUCGGCUUCUCAGCCUUCAUCGCCUCCUUUUGUUCCGGGCGCCACGGAUUGUUGUUUUGUUGUUUUCCUGUUUCCUUUCUCUUUUUCUUCUUCUUCUUCUUUCUUUCUAUCUUCUUCCGAUCGUUCUCGGUCGCGGUGUAGUUCGAACUUUUGUUUUUCCCCUUAAUUCAAUGAUGCGCAGCUCUCCUAUGUAUUGAGAGAAAAACAAGCCCAAAAAACAAAAAAACGCAGACAACACUAGAAACUACUCAACCAAUCUUGCAAGAUAGUCUAGGUCUAUGGCUAUUCAAUUACUAGCACCAAAAUCUUUCCACUGAAUGCCACUCACUCACUAUGCUAUAGGAGUAGAUCUGCAUGCAGCAGACGCUUAAUACAUUUUCACUCAUUUCCUACUAGAAAAUGGUUUCUUUGAUGGGAGCACACUUCUCCAAGCCUUUGAUAGCAAAUAAAGUCACCCAUCUCAUUUGCUACAAAUUUGAAGGCGAGAAGUACGACGUUGCUAAAAAGGUGAACAUCAAUCUUGUUAAUCACCAGUGGCUGGAAGAAUGCUUAAAGGCAUGGGAAAUUCUCCCAAUUGAUGAUUAUACGAAAAGUGGUUGGGAAAUUGAGAUAAUGGAGGCACAAGGCAGAGACUCAUCAGGUGGUCGACGUAUUAGUAGAAGCACCCCUAUUACAGAGAUUAGAAUGAGAUCUCAUGUUGAUUCUCAUGUCGAUGCACCCAUUCGAGGUCCUACUAUCUCUCCUAGCAAAGCAGAGGGUGCUGCAGGAGGGCAAUUUGGCACUCCAGAACAGAUAAGGAAAACAGAAAAUGCAAGCGAAAAGUCACUUGACAUCAGAGCUGACUCAGGAAGUGCCCCUAACAAAAAUGGUGUUAUAACUUCUGCUGAUCAUGGUUCCCAUGAAUCUACCCACCCUUGUAUUUACCCCAGUAAGAAUGACGAGGCUCCUGCAGAUCAGGUCAGCAGUGAUGAAGCUAAAGAUGAUCAUAAAAGGGCACCUGACACCAGGGCUAUUGCCCUUUGCACUCCCAGUGUACAUAAAAGCAUUGCACCUGCUAUUCCAGCGGACAACAUAGAGAACAUUGAUGGAAUUUUGCAUAACUCCAAUCAGAUCAGUGUCAACAAUGUUCUUUGGUCAAACUCUUCUGAAAAAAAUUGCUCCAAGAAAAUAUCACACUCAUCAGAAAUGGGCAGAAAGGUAGAUCAGAAGGAUGAUGGACAUAUCCCUGAUCUCAAACCCACCAUUAGUCAGUCAUAUGUUGAAGAAAAGGUAAACUUGUGUGAAUCUAAUCUAAGAUCAGAAGGCAACUCAGCAUCAAGAAAUAACCAAAUCUUAGGCUAUUCCAGAAGGCGCUCUUCGAAGUCAGUGUCACCUGAGACUAAUUUAAGAUCAGUUCACCAAACAGCAUCAGCUCAGUGUUUCGAGGGAAAUACGCCAAGGGUUGCACCAAGGAAGAAUGAUCUGGAUUUUAGUGAGACUGCUGGUGCCCAAAGGCUGCGAGAAAAUGAAGUAAUAAAGCACGAGGAUAGAUCAAGCGGUGCCCUCUCUCAGAAGAGGAAGAGCAUCCUUUCUUCAGUCAGUUCAAAGCCACGAAAUGGAGCCCCAGGCGCAGGGACUGGAACAGUAAUUAGUCCUUUUUCAAGCAGGGAAAGUGCAUCUGAAGCAGCAACUGUUUCGAAUCUUGGUAGAAGCUCCACUGAAUCUACCAAAGUUGAUGGUCGUCUAAACAGCGAUCCAACUUCGAAUUUUACAGAGAAGCAAAUGCAUGGCUCAUUUAAAAGCAACCUGUUGAGCUAUAGGAGGACGUCGUUGAAGCUUGUAAGCUCUGCUGAAGUAGAAAAGAUUCCUGAAAAUUAUUCUGAUGAUAAGAUUAUGGGGGCAGUGGGUAAAGUAAAGGCUCCAACACUGCAAGAGGCAACGACUGAGAAGGGUUGUGCUAUAUGCCCUUCUGUCAAUUCUGAAGUUAGAAAAGAAAGUUCAGGUGUAUCUCUGCAGCAUGGGGACACUGAGAUGAGUGAUGCGCAUCAGCUUAACAAAUUUGAAGUUGCAGAUCCUAACUCAGAACGUGACAAGGUAGUUUCUCAUCAAAGCUUGGAAGCAGGUCCUAAAGAAAUCCCAGAUAACACAAUCACUGAUGAAUAUGGAACAUUUCCCCCAAAGGUAUCAACUUCUAGAGUGAAGAAUGCUGGUGCCAAGAGGUCUCGAACUGCUGGCAGCAAAGCAGCUACUGAAUUGGUAAAUAGUAAAAGUGAGGUUGCAGCUUCUAAGACCAUGCAUGAUAAAGUUUCUUCUGAAAAUGUAGAGAUGAAACAGGAGGGAAAAAUUAGUAGUCCAAAUGUUGCUGAAUGUCCCUUAUUUCCUGAAGGAAAAAUGAAUAGUAAAUCGAGGAAUGAAGUUGUGAGGAGCUCUCUGGGUCACAACAGUAAAAUGAAUGAUGCACUAGCGGUUUCCAAGGCAGAGUUUGUUAAUGUGAUUCCGCAGAAAAAUAUGAAGGAGAACCACAAAAACCUUUCAAGCAGUGCAAUUGCUGAUGAAUAUCAAGGACGUUCAUCUCAGAAGGUACCAAAUUCCAUAGCAAGGAAUUCAGUUGCAAAGGGGUCUCGGACUGCUGGUGUCAAGACGGCUGAUGCAGCAACUGUUGAUAAAGCUGAGACAAUGUCUUUGAACUCAAGUUUUAAUGAAGUGGGUCCUCCAGAGAACGGAGAGGCCUGCCCUAAAAAGCUUUCAAGCAGUGCAAGUGCAGAUGACCCUGAAACGUGUACAGCAAAUAAAGUACCAAGCAACAGAGUUCGCAAGGUAGUCGCCAAGAGGAAAGUGUCUGCUGUCCAAAAACACAAAUCUGCUGAGACUUGCAAUAGUGCAAGUGUCUUUGUAUCUGAGGAUAAAGAUGUCUCAUCAAAGAGCGGUGCACAGAGGUCUAGAAAUGCUGGCAAGGUAACAGAGGAUCAGGAUCUGCAGAAUGCCAGUGAGGAUAAGAGGAACGAUGUAUGUGGAUUGUUUUGCAAAGGUGCCGUGGAAAACAGAUCAAAGAAAAUGCAGAGUUCUAAAUCGAGAAGCAUCAAAAGACAAAAAACUACAUAUUUAGUUGAUGGUUCUACGGACCAUGACAAGGAGAACAUACCAGCCGGUAGUGAUUUCAUUUCCAAAACAAAAAAUGGAAACAACAGCAUGAGUUCCAAAUCCAUCACAAAAGCAUCGCAAAAUGGCAAAGUUUUGCUUGAUGAGCGCAGUAUGAUAGAAGGAAAUGAUUGUGGAACCUUGAACAUGUUGGAACCAGCAUGGUUUAUUUUAAGUGGACAUCGCCUGCUGAGAAAGGAGUACAAGUCAAUACUUAGACGCCUGAAAGGCAGAGUUUGCAGGGAUUCACAUCAUUGGUCUUUCCAAGCAACACAUUUUAUCGCCACUGAGCUCCGCAGAACUGAAAAAUUCUUUGCAGCUGCUGCGGCUGGCAGGUGGAUACUCAAGCCUGAUUACUUGACUGCUUGCAAUGAGGCUGGCAAGUUGUUAGAGGAAGAACCAUUUGAGUGGCACGGUGACGGCCUUAACAGCGGUGAUACAAUCAGCUUGGAUGCUCCAAGGAAAUGGCGCCAACUGAGGCAGCGUACUGGCCAUGGCGCUUUCUUUGGGAUGCAGAUCAUUAUAUAUGGAGAAUGCAUUGCUCCAACACUGGACACACUAAAGCGCACAAUUAGAUCUGGUGAUGGAACCAUCUUAGCAACCUCCCCACCUUACACCCGGUUCCUGAACUCCGGAGUGGAUUUCGCUGUUGUAUCAGCGGGCAUGCCAAUCUUAGAUGCAUGGGUACAGGAAUUCAUGAGGCACAACAUCCCGUGCAUCAGCGCCGAUUACCUCGUCGAGUAUGUCUGCAAACCGGGACACCCUCUGACCAAGCACGUUCUCUUCAACAUGCACGAUCAGGCAGAGAAGUCCCUUCAGAAGCUACUGAAGAACCAACAAGAUGGGAUCAAUGCUGACACCGUAGAAACAGCGGAGGGAGGCGAGGGCGAUACAAGUUGUUCUGCCUGCGGAUCAAACAACCGUGAAGGGCUCAUGCUGGUAUGCGGAGGCGAUGGAAAUCAGGCCGGCUGUGGGGUUCGGGUGCAUGUCAAUUGUUGCAACCUUCCCCUUGGAGCUGCCCCAGAUAGUAAGUGGCUGUGCCCCAGGUGUGACGAACAAAAAUCUACAAAGAAGGCUAAGAAAUCUGCCAGGUCAAGAGUGUUGAAAUGCAGAUGAUUCUGUGCCUCCGUUGUUAUUGUGUUAAUCAUCAAAGAAUAAUUGAGCUUUGUACCACUGUAAAGAACUUUCCAGCUCUCCGAAAUGCCUGCUCAGAAUUUCGACGUUUUCUUCUUUCCAGGUCCAUAUUUCCUCUUGAUCAGUGUUUUGUUUCAAUAUACAGUAGAGUGUACCAUGCUGAGUAUACAAAGCAAUGCUUAAGGUUCUUUGCGUUUCCAUUA